UCUGAUCUACCCUCUUUCCUUCAAAUGACGGUUGGUCUAGGGCCAUUUCUUUCCGUUCCGUUUCCCCCGCUUCGAUGAACCUUCUCCUUCUCGUGGUACAUUGACCCUUCUGUCCCCUCCUCUCCCUGAGAGAGCCCCAUCUUCAGGGUCAACUGUGGGCUAUUUUGGUUCCUGUGUAGUUGGUUCCCAUGCAGGCUUCCACGACUGCCCCUGAGGCUGGUGGAGGACACGCGACGCGGAGAGGGCAUGGUCCCCAUCUGUCGAUUAGCGACCCUAGCCACCAUGUGACAGAGGCCAUCGGGCAUAUGUACGACGAUGACUACGACCGCAAUGAUGCAAGGCGUCUGAGCUAUAUAGCAUCUCCGCAUGCGGAGUCCAUCACCACUAUUCCGCGAGGCGCCGCGAUCCCCGACUCCCCACACACAUCGAAGCGAAAUUCGCCGAUCGAAGACCAGUCCAAACCAACAAAUGGGCACCUUCGCCCACCACUGGCCACCCACCGAUCCUUUGACCGGGAGAGUGACUCCAGGUCUCCCGAUCUGACUCGAUCGCCGUCGGAAACCGCGACCUCUUCGUUCCCUCUCAAUGAUAUUGACUACGAAUCGGACCCCGCUGCGGUUGUUCAAGAACUGAAUAAUCUUGCUGCCAUUCGGCGCAUGUCAAUGGAUGUAGCAGCUGCCGGCGAUCCCGACCUUCCAUCAUUUGGAAAUAACCUCGCUAUUCCGUCUCUCCCACCCUCCCCGACCGCCGAUGAGAAUGAUGCGUCUCGGUUAUUUUGGGUGCCCGCGAGUUUACACCCAGAGUUGGCACCCAAAGAAUUCAAGUCGUUUCUUGAUAGCAAGACCGACUUGAUUAAGCGGAAAUCAGGCGACUUUUCUUCUCUGGGACCUGAACGUCAAGGAUCACAGAGUAGUCUUCGUCGGAAACGGUCUAUGUUGUCAAAACAAAUCGAUAAUUCUGCAGGAUAUACAGAUGGAGCGGAACGAUUGGAACGCCAGCGCUCACAGGCAAGCAAGCGAGAUGGCAUGCUGAGUCCGAAUCUACAACAGCUGGAAACUUUGGUGGAUGAUUCUCCGUCGAAUAAAGAUGACUUGAUUCAAGACAUGCAAAAUGCAAGCAUUUCUGCAAGCGAGGAUAAGCCUAUUUUACCGCCAGCACCCCCAGGUCAUAGCCUACGACGGUCGACACGGACGCAAUAUAGAAAGGGAAGCUUGAAAAAGGGCGAGAAGGCUCCCUAUUCCAAACGAAUAGGUAGAGGUCUCUCGGAAUCUGCCGAUUCACCUCCAUCCAUUGUUUCCCCACCGGAUGCUGCCCCAAUCCUGGGGUUAACCCGGGUUUCAUCAGAUGCUGGCCCAGCAACUCGCACAGCACGGUCAGGGUCUACUUCGUCCAGGGGCACUUAUACACCUGGCUCUGCAACCAGUUCAACAUUCGAUACAAUUAUUGACAGGCCGGAGGCCGAAAGUGAUGCUAUGUCAACUCCUGUGCAACAGGAAAGCGCAACCAAUCAGCUCGACGCCGAGGCACAGGCAAAUGCCGCCACAUACGCACGGCAAUGGCAAUCACGAAUCAGCUCCAAUGGUCGAUCUAAGCACGUACCACCCGCUGAGCAAAAUGUCCCUUCUAUUGUCGAAUCGCAAGCCGACGAUUCAAAUCGCGCAUCGCCGAGCCCAACUUCACAAUCCAGUCGUUCUAUUGAACGCGAUACGCCUUCUGCACACUCAUCCAAGACGGGUCAAUAUGCGGAUACGACACCAAACAAACGAUCUUUGAUGAGUCCCAAUCGCCAGGGCAGAGAAACAACUCCGACACUCAAUGACUUUGCGAACAACCCUCAGAUGAUACCAGGAAAUAGCACUCGUACAGAUAGUCUGUCGUUCAUCCCAACAAUUCCCGAAGAGCGAAAACCCGACGAACGAAAGGCAGAGAGCAAAAAGUCAAAGAAAGAUGAGGGCAGCCGCAAGUCAAGUUGGCAUUGGCUUUUGGGUAGUGAAGAGAAGGACAAAAAGAAGGAUAAAGAAAGCGACUCAAGAAGAGCGAAAACGAAAAGUGCAGAAAAGGCUCACAGUACCACUACUCGUUCUGAAGUAUCCGCUCAGUCAUCAUUGGACACUACUCCCAAGGGCCGAGAAAGCCUUAUUUUAGAUCGCCUUGACCCGAAACUGGAGGAGGAGCGGCGGAAAGAUGGAGCUCGAAGAGCUUCCGGAGAUAAGAAAGAGAAGGAUGGCAUUUUCUCCUCAAUAUUCGGUGGUGGUAGAAAGAAGCAUAGUGGAGAUGGUCAUCACAGGAAGAACUCCUCCCGAAACUUAUCUCCUGAUCCUCCAGUACGGGAGCUACGGGCUGAUGUCGACUACCCAUGGACUCGUUUCUCUAUUUUGGAAGAACGUGCAAUUUAUCGGAUGGCUCAUAUCAAGCUGGCAAAUCCCCGGCGCGCUCUCUACUCUCAGGUGUUGCUGAGUAACUUCAUGUACUCAUAUCUAGAAAAGGUGCAACAGAUGCACCCGCAGAUGAUGGUGGCUUCCUCGGGAUCUCAAAGAUUAUCUAGGUCUCGAGAACGAGAACAACAACAGCAGCAGCAGCAGCAGCAGCAGCCAGAUGAGUACUUACAAUAUCAGCGAUACCAAGAAGCACAAGAGCAACAACACUACGGGGACAGUGGAUAUGAUGACGGAUCCAUGUAUGACUACGACGAUGAUCCACGCGAUCGCUACCAGGCUCACGGACAUGAUAAGCAUGGCUACGAGAAUGGCCAUGCUUACGACUCGGGGCAUUACCAGUAUGGACAUUCGUCCUUUGGUGACGACGUCCAACUGGAUGACGACGAUGACGAUGACAUGUGGUGA